AUGGGUGUACAGGGCCCGAUGCUGCUACUGCUGCUGGUGGUGGUGUGCGUGAUGCUGGGGGAGCCUGGAUCGCGUGAAGAAAACCAGGCGGCAGGCCUCAAGAAUACAGACAUCAAGCUUCUCUCAAUGCCGUGUGGCCGCCGGAAUGACAUUCGGUCCCGGAUAGUGGGCGGGAUAGAAUCCGUGCGAGGGCGCUGGCCGUGGCAGGCCAGCCUGCGCUUGAAGAAGUCCCACCGCUGCGGAGGGAGCCUUCUCAGCCACCGAUGGGUGCUUACUGCUGCACACUGCUUUAGAAAGUUCCUUGAUCCAAAAAAGUGGACGGUCCAGCUUGGGCAGCUGACUUCCAAGCCUUCUUUCUGGAACAGGGAGGCCUUUUCUGGCCGGUACAGGGUAAAGGACAUCAUCAUAAACUCCGAAGACAAACUGAAGUUCCAUGACCUCGCCCUGCUGAGGCUGGCCUCCUCGGUCACCUACAACAAGUACAUCCAGCCUAUCUGUGUGCAACCUUCCACCUUCAUGUUCCAGCACCAGCCCCGGUGCUGGGUGACCGGCUGGGGAGCCCUUCAGGAGGAUUUGAAGCCCCUGCCACCGCCCUAUCACCUCCGAGAAGUACAGGUCACCGUCCUAAACCUCAGCAGAUGCCAGGAACUCUUCAGCUUUGCCUCCCGAUACCACUUGAUCACCAGGGAUGUGUUCUGUGCCGGUGCGGAGGACGGGAGCGCCGACACCUGCAGUGGUGACUCAGGAGGACCUUUGGUCUGCAACAUGGAUGGUCUGUGGUAUCAGAUUGGAAUCGUGAGCCGGGGAGUAGGCUGUGGUCGGCCCAAACUGCCUGGCAUCUACACCAACGUCAGCCAUCACUACGACUGGAUUGAGACCAUGAUGAUCCUCAAUGGUGCAGUCAGGCAUGACCUGGCCCUGCCACUGCUGUUCUUCACUCCGCUCCAGGCUCCCUGGCUCCUGAGGCCCACCUGA